AUGAAUGAAUUCAGUACGCGGCAGAACACUCACGUCCUGAGAUUAGCGCGUUCAAACAAACAUACAAACAAACUCUUCAGCUUUAGCAGUGUGUCGUGGGCAGCCUCUAGCUCAGAUGUGUAUCAGUCAGAAUGCGGGGUGAGACAAGGGGGGUUAAGCUCGCCACGGCUCUUCAACUUAUAUAUUAACCAGCUAAUCGUUGAGCUCAGCAACACCAAAGUCGGAUGUCAUAUUGAUGGAAUUUGUAUAAAUAACAUUAGCUAUGCAGACGACAUGGUGUUGCUGAGCCCGUCGAUCGGCGCACUGAGGCGACUGCUCGCCAUUUGUGAGUCAUACGCAUUGAAACAUGGUCUCAAAUAUAAUGGUAUGAAGAGUGAAUUCAUGGUGUUUAAGGCAGGAAAUGUAACGUACUCUGAUGUUCCUGAUGUGUUGCUUUCUGGCUCACCACUGCGUAGGGUGAACAAAUUUAAAUACUUGGGGCACUGGGUCACAGAAGAUUUAAAAGAUAACUGUGACAUUGACAGGGAACGCAGGUCGCUGGCUGUUCGCUGUAACAUGUUGGCUCGCAGGUUUGCAAGGUGUACAAAACCAGUUAAAAUAACGCUCUUCAAAGCCUACUGCCAAUCUUUUUACACAUGCAGCCUGUGGGCCAAUUACACUCAGCGAGCAUACAGUGACCUGCGUGUCCAAUAUAAUAAUGCACUGAGAGUACUGUUGGGGCUACCAUGGCGUUGUAGUGCGUCAGGGAUGUUCGCAGAAACAGGUGUUGACGGCUUCACAGCCAUCAUGAGAAAACGUUGUGCUUCCCUGAUGGCUCGUAUGGGUGCUAGUGCCAACACUAUACUCAGUGUAUUUGCUGAGCGGUGGGACUCCCCAAUGUUAAAACGCUGGGUCCACCUACAUGUUCAAUAAAUGAAUGGCUUAUGUAUUGUGACUUAUAUAUUAUGAUUAUUAUUGUGUUUAAAUUAAUGUAAUAUAACGAAUGUAAUGUACCUAUAUUUUUUAUAAUGAUUUUAAUAUGUACCUACUAACACUAGAUAUUAAGUUAACAUUGUUACUAACACUAUGGACAUGGUCUGAAAUAAAUGAUUUGAUUGAUUUGAUUGAUU